GUACAGCCAAACUUUACAGAAGAAAACAGCUGUGGUUGGGGAGUAGAAGUAAUCGAUUAAAAUGCCAGCUUAUAAAAGAAGAGUUCAGUCGGCUGAAGACCAAACGAAAAAGAUUAAGCUGGAUCAGCAGUCAGGAACGGGGACGACAGAGCAGAGCAAUGUUCUUGAGACGCCACGCAGGUCGCAGCGAGCAGCAGCAUCCCAGAAGAAAAAGACUGAGGAUCAUCAGCAGCAGCAGUCCACGAAAUCACCUGCUGGAGAAGACUGCGGUAAUGCAAGCCCCCGUCCACCAGGCAAGCGCAGGGGACCACCAAAGGGUUUCAAAAGGCGGAAACAGUCAAAACCCGUAGCAGCAGAAGAGGAAGAGGGAGGUAAAUCAAAACCAGCAAAUUCGAAGGACACAGAAACAUCUGCACAAAACCGAGAGGCGAUCCCACGAAAAAGAACCAGGAGGAAGUCCGGCAAGGAAAAGAAGGACGGCGAGGGCGAAGUGGUAAAGCGCCGUCCGGUGGGUCGCCCUCCAUCAAACGGGCUAGCAGCGGGCUACAAGAAAAAGUACAAACCAAAGGAAACAGAUAUAUCCGUCAGGUUGGAAUCUACAGGUUUACAGUUGAUACUCGACCUCAUACAGAUAGAUCAUAAUUAUGGCAAAUCCUCCAAACUGACUGCUUUGAAACCCCAGCCAGUGAAGGCUAUAGUCUCUGCACACGAGAGAUACGAGAGCGAGGGUAUUGGGAAGCCCAAGCAGGAAGCCAUAUCGGAGCAUAAACCAGUGGAGCCUAAGCCGAUACAAGGCGAUACAACAGCCGUAACAGACGCGCCACGGCCCAGUAAAUAUGAACCAGAAACUAAAGAGCCAGCUGCUGUGGCUUGUGGUGAGAAUGGCGAGAAGGUGGAACAUCCUGAAAAGGUGGGUGGUGAAAAGGACACAAAACUGAUUGCAGUUAGUGAUAAGACUGUGGUUGCACAUCCAGAAGAGUAUCAAGUUGAAAAGAUGGAUGUUGCAAAAGAUGAACAGCCGACUGCUGUUAGUGAUAAUGUAAAGGUUCCACAUCCUGAAGAAGAUAAAGUUGAAAAGCUGGAUGAUGCAAAGGAUAAUCACUCAACUUCUAUUAGUGACAAGACAGAGGUUUCACAUCUGGAAGAAGGUCAUAUUGAACAGUUGGAUGCUACAAAGUUGGAUGAACAGCAGACAGCGGUCAAUGACAAAGCAGAGGUGUUACAUGCAGAGGACGGCUUAGAUGAAAAGGACCAUAAGGGUGAAAAAGAAGCACUUCCUGCUGUAGGUGACAAUGCUGAGAUUACGCUACAAUCAGAGGAAGUGUCACAUUCAGAAGGACUUACACAUCCACAAGAAGCUCCACAUCUAGAAGUUGCACAUUCAACUGAGAUUCCACAUCCAGUACUAGAACAAAAUAAAGAGAAUGCUGGUGUAAAGAAAGAACCACCGCGCACUGCUGUAGCUGACAAAGUGCAGAUAUUUCAUCAAAUAUAUGCAGUCCAUAUGAGUAAGACUGCAGACUUACUGAAGGCCUUCCCAUUGUCUACCACAAAGGUGACAGAGCAGAGUGGAGAUAACCAGCAAAGGCAAGAUGCAGUCCCUCCUCUCGCUACUAUAGAGCACAGUGAAGGUGUUCAAGAAAAGCAUGAGGAGAUACCCCCUGUCCCUACCAACGAACAUGGUGAAGAUAACCACCAGGAAAUUCCUCCUCUCCCCACCAGUGAGCACAGUGAAGAUAACGGACAAAAGGCAGAGGAAGCUCCUCCUCCGCACUCCACCAGUGAACACAGUGAAGAUAUCAAGAGAAUAUAUGAGGACAUCUCCCCUGCGGCUAGCCCUGUUGCUGAAUCGGAUGGAGUGGAUCAGGGCAACUUUACUCCCCUUUGCUAUACCUCUUCUGUCACUACCAGUGAGCACCUUCAGGAUAGCCAAGAAAAGCAUGAGGAAGCCCCUCCUGCCGCUGUCGGCGAAUCAGACGGACCAUUACAAGACAGUAUAUGCAUCGCAGAACACUCAGAAACAGUCCUCGAAGAGUCUACUGUGUGUAUUGACCCUCCCAGUUCAGCUGAGGUGACAGCCGUCAGCACAUGCAGUGUUGCUGAUCUUCCUCCAAUGGAAACAGAUAACAAGUCCCCCUCGCAAGAGCUGGAGUGUCACCCAGACAGACAGCAAGGGAUGCUGGACAGUGACAACAUGGACGUCGAUCAUCCUCCAAUGGAAACCGAUAGCCAUUCCCCCUCGCCGGAACUGGAGUGUCAGCCGGACGCACAACAAGUGAUGCUGGUCAGCGACUUCAUGGAGAUCGAGAUCGAGAACUGCGUGGUGGAGGUGGAGAGCGAGAACCAGCCAGAGAGCUCGGCCGAUAGCCAGCUGGACGCACAGGACAAGGUGGCGCUCGGACUGCUGAGCUCUGCGACAGCUUCCCAGGCCGUGGCGGCGGCCGGCUCGGGGAGCUCAGUCAGCGGACUCAGCCUGGUGGCUAAGAAGCAGGCCAUGAAUCCCCAGGCCCGGACCAAAGCCCGGCUAGCCGCACAGGCAGAGGCCAAGGCGGCCGCCUCCAAGAGGGCUUCACACAAGCAGCUGAACCUGCUGGCCUUGUGCGAGGAGAUAGCCGACGAUAUUGCGUCGGACGAGGCGCUCAUCAAAGAGAAGAAAGAGAAAGAAAGGGAAAGGUUAAAGGGAGGAGAUGCUGUCCAGACCCCAGUUACAGCAGCACUGCCAGCGCCAGCACCAUCACCAUCACCAUGCUCAGCAGCGGCUCCAGGAGAUGGUACCGGAAAGACCAUCACGUCGCCUGCAACGCCGAAAGAUAAUGAGCCCGAGAUCAAGAACGGAGAAGCGGUUAAGUUCCCGGUCGCCUCCGUGGAGCCAACACGGACUCCCGCUACCGCUGAACCAGACCAGAAGCUCCCAGAGCCAGUGAGUCAGCCUCAGUCUCAGCCUCAACCUCCGCCUCCACCUCAGCCUCAAUCUCAAUCUCAGCCUCAGCCUCCGCCAGAGCCAGAGACGCCCAAGAGGAGGUUCUUCCUGAGCCAGGUGUCCGUGCCGCUGAAGAUCCACGAGAAGAAGAAGCUGUCGCGGUACCAGCGCUUACGACAGGUGGAGCUGCAGAGGGACAAGCUCACCUGGACGCGGAUGAAGGCGCUCAAGUCCGAGCAGGCCGGUCACAACCUCCAGUCUCCUGGAGAGGAGGUACCCAGCAGGGUGUCUCCAGGCUCCCUCUCUACUACUACUACUACUACUACUACUACUACUCCUACUCCUGUUUCUCCCAUCUCUGCUGUUACUUCUUCUCCUCUUCGUACCACUCCUCCUGUUCAUACCCCGACGCCUUCUCCUACUGCUGUUGCCGCCGCCACCACCUCUGUGGGUACCCUUCCAACCAAAGCUGCCUCUUCAGCUGCGACUAAACCUGACCAGACCCCAAAACGCCCUGUCCCUGUCGUGAACCAGAGUACCCCGAAACCCCCCGGCAGCAGCAGACUGGACCCCAAGAGAGUCCUCCCGCCCGUUCCCCCUCGGCGACCCAACGGGGUGACUGCCCCUGCGAAGACACGUCCCCCGGUGGAGUACAAGCCGUACCGGCCGAGGCCCAAGUACUCUGCUGAUGACUUUGUGCUGGAUGGUAUGGACGAUGAGAUUCCUCCUCCUAAGCCAGCGCCAGCGGCAUCCAGCAAUGGGAAGCACGAGGGUAAUGUAGGACAGACGUCAAUACAGCCCAAAGCACCGCCGAUUACUGUUGCAGCAAAGCAGCAAUGUCCGAAGCCACCCACAGCUCCUGUAGUGAAAGAGGUGAAAUCACCAGCUGAAACGAAUCAGAUGAAGUCACCAGCCACAGAGACUGUCCAGUCUAACUGUGCUCCUCAGUCGGACACUAAGCUCCAGGAGGAGGCGGGUAAGGAGGACAGCAAAGGAGGCCAAGCCCAAGCCCAAGCGAGCGGCACUACCACCACCGAGUCUGGCCAGAAGGAGUCUGGCCAGAAGAAGUCUGGCGCGGUGGUGUGUGGUGUGUGUGGGAUGCUCUAUACCGCAUCCAGCCAAGAAGACGAGUCCCAGCACUUGCUGUUCCACAACCUGUUCAUCAGCGCAGUCAAAUAUGUGGGAUGGAAGAAGGAGAGGAUUCUCGGGGAGUACCCAGAUGGCAAAAUCAUUUUAGUCCUUCCCGAUGACCCCAAAUAUGCACUGAAAAAGGUGGAGGAAAUUAGGGAGAUGGUGGACAAUGACCUGGGCUUUCACCAGGCGGAGACCAAGUGCCCCUCCCAGACCAAAACCUUCCUGUUCAUCUCUAAUGACAAGAAGGUGGCAGGCUGCCUCAUCGCAGAGCAUAUUCAGGAGGGCUACCGGGUGAUCGAGGAGCCAGUGCCUCAGGGCUCGGAGGGGGAGAAGGUGAUGUUCGAGCGGCAGCGCGCCUGGUGCUGCUCCACCAACCCCGAGCCGGCCCUCUGUGGCAUCAGCCGCAUCUGGGUCUUCAGCCUCAUGCGGAGGAAGGGCAUCGCCUCGCGCAUGAUCGAGUGCCUCAGGAACAACUUCAUCUACGGUUCCCACCUGAGCAAAGAGGAGAUCGCCUUCUCAGACCCGACGCCCGACGGAAAGCUCUUCGCCACCCGCUACUGCGGCACCUCCCAAUUCCUGGUCUACAAUUUCGUCAGCAGAAAUCACUCGACUUGACCCUAACUGCCCCCUCCCCCCAAACCCCAUCUUGACUCACCACACCCCAAACACCCAGCCGGUCGCCCCGUGUCGGCCUGACCGCCUCUAUUGUUCACUGACUGAAUCAUGUUAUGAGGUGAGAAGAAAAUCAUGGCCUGGAUUGUAAAACAAAUGGCAAUUAUGUCUCGAGCUCAUUCUGAAUGGGCUUGAACAUAAAGAGGCCUUGCAGAGAAGCCUUAGCACACGUGUGCGUGUGCAUGUGUGUGUGUGUGUGUUUAUUGGAACAGCCUGUGGUUUGACCUGGGAAAGCCAAUCAUGAACAAUUAGUGGGCGCCUUCUGUCCUCCUGACUGAAACAGAGAGACUCACACAAACUGCAUGUUCAGGCCGAGAACAGCUAGAGCUACCAUAGCGACAGAAGUCACGGUUUUCCAACAUGAUCUCCAAAAGAGACAACACUUCCGAUGAUGGAAGCAGCAGCUUUGUAAGCGUAGCUUCUUGGGCGACCAGGGACAUUCAAAUCUAGUAGACCUCAUGGCAGUGCGCUGUGUUGUCCAACUGGAUUGUGCAAAAUGAUGCACAUACAUGAACUAUAAUUGAACUUUUUUUUUUUUUUUUUCAAAUCAUGAGCUACCAAGAGUGUUGUGUUUUGACGUCAGUUGCUUUAUUGCUUUAGUAGCUGCCGGUCUGAAUACCCAGUUAGUGUUUUUCACCACUAAGUCUGGAUAGCGAAAUGAAGCCAGACAACCAUUUCAUGUUAUGUGUUGUAUGUAUCCACUUUCCUUUAUGAAGAUGGUCUGACGAUGACGUCCACUCAAGUUCAGGUGUUUUUGAGUGGAUCAUAAACAUUCACUUCUUCACUGGGACCUCCUCUCCCAAAACGUGUCAUUCUUCUCCCUGAAGCACAUCAGCAAACCCCCCCCCCCCCCCCACCCAAAACGUGUCUCCUCUUUCCAAAGUUCAGUGGCGAGACCUUGUGCUCGCAGUUUGAAAGCAUUAAGCUGUAAGCCUGUAAGCCAUCUGACGGGGAGAGAACACCCUCACAACUGCUUAUAGAAUCUCAGGUUCCAAAACCUCAAUGAGUGAUCUGUUUUUUUCUCUCUGCCUCUCUGUUAAUUAGGUAAGUUUCCCUUUAAAACUGUACUGUUAAAAGACAUUUUAAAAGAGAAAUAUUUUCUUGGUAUUUUUCUUUUUAUGAUGAUCAACUUUUGGUGUUUUGAAGUUAAAAAAAACAGUUUACACAAAUGAAAUUGACAGCAAUAGAGACAUUUGAUAAGGGUGAUAUUGCGUAACUGACAUGUAGUGUUGAACUUGGAGAUUAGAUGGCUGAGCUUCACAAAUAGUUGUAAAAUGUAACCUGUUAAAAUGUUCUAAUAAAAGGCCUCAUGUAAACACGGGAGGAAAGACAUUGUUUUUUUAUGGCA